AUGGCGAGUGGGGGAUAUUCGGUAUUUCAAGACACGUGUCAAUCAACGCUGUGCGUGCUUAUAGAACUUGAGCAUCCAGGGUUCAAGAACAUGUGCAGGAACCAACUCUCAGACUCCUCACCUCUUCGCUCUUUUCUUGAAUGCUUUCGAGGACAACAAGAGGGACAUACCAACUACAACUUCGAACUCUCAGCCGGAAUGCCACAAGCUCAGUUGGAUGAAGGUGCCAGCCAUGGUCGAAAGCAGACAUGUCAUGCCCUGCUCCCGAGGCAACAACCGGCUUCUUCUGAAGCACAGCUCAGCUUUGCCAAUGUACAUCAUGCGCGUGCAAAGUACGCUGUGUGGUCUCUGGAGCUGGCAGCUUCGUUGUUAGGGGCCUCUGGCCGCCUGUUCCAAGCGAUCCUGAAGUUCAGUUUCACGGGUAGGCAUCGCGGCAUCGCGGCAUCGCGGCAUCGCGAAGGAUGCAAUGGAAACGGGACGCUCUCGUUUGCCUUCGGGCAUGAAACCCUCCAGAACUACGGCUUCACAGCCUCUACUGAAAGUUACGAUUGUACACACAUCCACUACCAAAGCUACAGUGUCAUUAUGCUUAUUGUGCAUGUUCGUCGUGUAGAAGGGUUUGGGUCGGACCUGCCUUGUGAUUGUUUUUUGGGAAAUGAGAAGCGUGUGGACCAUGUUGCGAGGGCUCCACCCAAGCCCAACCAAGUGCUCACCCGAAGCACCUUGCACAUAGCCCUACUGAAGAAGAGCUGGCAGAGUCAGCUGCAUCCAUUCAGGACGGUUGCCAAGUGUCAGGAUGGCUUCGAAAGUCGCGUUGCAUCUCUCUUCUCUCUUCUCUCUUCUCUCUCCUCUCUCUCUGGCCUAACCAGCCAGCUUCAAUUUCAUCAUGGGAUGUUGAGCUCGUCGAGACGACUGAAGCUCAGGUGCGGCAGCGCGAGAGCCGGCAGAUCAACACGAGCCAGGAUGCUCAGCGUCCGUGCCGCGUGCAGCCGUGAUUUCGAGUCUACCAAUGGGUGCCAACACUUGGAGAGCUUUGUGCCGCACAGUUGCAAGAGGUCUCUUGACACUUGGACUGGUCAUCAAGCGCCUCUCUUCGCAGGCUUGUGGUGA